AGAAGAGGAAGAAGAAGAAGAGGAAGAAGAAGGAAACAUGGAGGAAAGUAGAGGAGCUGCAUGAAUCUUUAUUCGAACCCAGAGAAGAAACGAUCCACAACAUGGUCUACUACAGACGAGGAAACGAGCCGGGCCGGAAACCCCCGAGCGCUCCUAGUGGUGUGAAGGAAAAUGUGCCACAGAAGAAGAAGAAGAAGAAGCAGCACUUCCACUCGGACCUGUGGUUCCUUCUCACUCUGCAGAACUGGAUACUGGACUUUGGAAGGCCCAUCGUCAUGAUCUACCUUCCCCUGGAAUGGUUUCCUCUGAACAAGCCCAGCGCUGGAGACUAUUUCCACAUGGCCUACAAUGUCAUCACACCGUUCCUACUGCUCAAGCUGAUCGAGCGCAGCCCCCGUGCACUGCCUCGCUCUGCAGUCUACUGUUGCAUUAUCUUUUUUGUCAUGGGAGCCAGCAUCCACCUGGUGGGAGACUCCAUCAACCACCGGCUCGUCCUCAGCGGCUACCAGCUCCACCUGUCCGUCAGAGAGAACCCCAUCAUCAAAGACCUCAAACCUGCUUCACUGAUUGACUCCUUUGAGCUGCUGUAUUUGUAUGAUGAACAGCUGGGACACUGGAUGUGGUAUAUCCCUUUCUUCAUCAUUCUGUUCAUGUACUUCCACGGCUGCUUCACUGAGACAGAGGAAAAGAAAAAGGUUCCUUGGACUGGUUGGCUGUUGCUGUUACCCAGCGCUCUCUACUAUUGGUACUUGGUGACCGAAGGACAAAUCACUGAACUUUUCCUCUUCACCUUCCUCGCCAUGGUUGCCGUGGUGAUACAUCAGCGGCGUAAAGGCCUCGGCCCGGACAGCAAUGGCCUGUUCCUGCUCUGUAGUUUCGGCGUGACCCUGGUCCUGAUGGCGCUGUGGGUGCUCUACCUCUGGAGGGACCCGGUGCUACGCAGCAAGUACCCCGGACUCUUUUACAUGCCAGAGCCCUGGUCCUUCUACACCUUGCACAUCAAGGAUAACCACUGACCUGCACCUGCACCUGAGACAGAUUUCCUGUGACGGUGGCUGCACUCGACUCGUGAGGAUUAUUGAUGUGCACCAGCGUCAGAGGAGACCGGUUCCCUCCUGCAGGCAGCAGCACCUGAUACACAGACUUUAACAGGUUCACACCGUGAUGCUCGGUGAAAACUCGGUCUCACUUUGCAGAUGCGAUCACUUCUGAUCAACCUGGACUAUGAUACAUGUCAUAACUCAGGAUUCAAGAUUCAAGAGUUUAUUAUCAAUUGCACAACAAUAACAUUAAGCAGUCGCUGGCAAUGAAAUGCUUGAGUCACAGGCUCCCUUCUAGCAAUGCUCAACGUAAUUACAACCAAAAAAACAAAAUUUGAAUAAAACAGUAUAAAAUAGAAUAUCAAAAAUUUAAAAUAGAAAAUAAAAUAUAUAUAUAUAUAAAUAUAUA